GGUUACCGUGGCGGUGGGAGCUACAUCUCCAGCCUGAGUCCCUGCAGCCACAAAGGGGUUAGCUGUGCGCUACAUGCGGACACAGGCUGAGUCUGAUGCGGCGCGGCCAAGUGCUGAUGUUUUAGCCCAGAAAGGACACAGUGAGUGACCAUCAUGGCAGCGUCCGAGCUGUACACAAAGUUUGCUCGGGUGUGGAUCCCCGAUGCGGAAGAGGUGUGGAAGUCUGCUGAGCUGACCAAGGACUACAAAAAUGGCGACAGCUCCCUGCAACUCACACUGGAGGAUGGAUCGAGUAUUGAACAUAAGCUGGACCCCAAGACGAAGAACCUGCCUUACCUGCGAAACCCCGACAUCCUGGUGGGCGAGAAUGACCUCACAGCGCUCAGCUACCUCCAUGAACCCGCCGUCCUGCACAAUCUCAAAGUUCGCUUUAUUGACUCCAAGCUCAUCUACACUUACUGCGGCAUCGUGUUGGUGGCCAUCAACCCGUACGAGACGCUGCCUAUCUACGGAACAGACAUCAUCAACGCCUACAGCGGUCAAAACAUGGGAGACAUGGAUCCACAUAUCUUCGCUGUGGCCGAGGAGGCUUACAAACAAAUGGCCAGGGAUGAAAGAAACCAGUCCAUAAUAGUGAGCGGCGAGUCUGGAGCCGGGAAGACGGUGUCGGCCAAGUACGCCAUGAGGUACUUUGCUACAGUCAGCGGCUCAGCCAGCGAGGCCAAUGUGGAGGAGAAAGUCCUGGCCUCCAACCCCAUCAUGGAGGCCAUUGGAAACGCAAAGACCACAAGAAACGACAACAGCAGUCGCUUUGGGAAAUAUAUCGAGAUCGGCUUCGACAAUCGCUACCGCAUCAUCGGUGCCAACAUGCGGACAUAUCUGCUGGAGAAAUCGCGAGUGGUGUUUCAGGCGGAUGAGGAGAGGAAUUACCAUAUCUUCUAUCAGCUGUGUGCAUCCGCCCAUCUGCCUGAGCUCAAGGCUCUGAAGCUGAGCAGCGCAAAUGACUUCCUGUACACCCGGCAGGGCCGCAGCCCAGUCAUCGACGGGGUGGACGACACCAAGGAGCUCUGCACUACUCGCAACGCCUUCACACUGCUGGGUAUUAAUGAGUCCUAUCAGAUGGGGCUGUUCCAGGUCCUGGCUGCUAUCCUUCAUCUGGGAAAUGUCGAGAUCAAAGACAAAGACGCAGACAGCAGCAUCAUCGCUCCCAACAAUCGCCACCUGAUGGCGUUCUGCGAUCUGGUGGGUGUGACCUACCAGGACAUGUCUCAGUGGCUGUGCCACAGGAAGCUGAAGACCGCUAUGGAAACAUACAUCAAGCCCCUCCCACGUCUCCAAGCCACCAACGCUCGUGAUGCACUGGCCAAGCACAUCUAUGCCAAGAUGUUCAACUGGAUAGUGGAGCACGUCAACAAGGCUCUGAUCACCAGCAUCAAGCAGCACUCCUUCAUCGGGGUCCUCGACAUCUACGGGUUUGAGACAUUCGAGGUCAACAGCUUUGAGCAGUUCUGCAUCAACUACGCCAACGAGAAACUCCAGCAACAGUUCAACAUGCAUGUGUUCAAGCUGGAGCAGGAGGAGUACAUGAAGGAGCAGAUCCCGUGGACUCUGAUUGAUUUCUACGACAACCAGCCCUGCAUCAACCUCAUCGAGGCCAAGAUGGGCAUCCUGGACCUGCUGGACGAGGAGUGCAAAAUGCCUAAAGGGUCAGACGAUUCCUGGGCUCAGAAGUUGUACAACACCCACCUGAAGACGUGUUCCCUGUUCGAAAAGCCGCGCAUGUCCAACCGGGCCUUCAUCAUCCAGCAUUUUGCUGACAAGGUAGAAUACCAGUGUGACGGUUUCCUGGAAAAGAAUAAGGACACAGUGAAUGAGGAGCAGAUCAACGUGAUGAAGGCCAGCAAGAAGUUUGACCUGUUGGUGGAGCUGUUCCUGGACGAGGAGAAAGCGACCAGCCCCGUCGGCCAGGCCCCUGGUACGGGAGGCCGCACCCGCCUCAGCGUCAAACCAGACAAGAGCCGGACCAGCGCGACCAGCAAGGAGCACAAAAAAACUGUCGGCUGCCAGUUUCGUAACUCUCUGCAGAUUCUGAUGGAGACUCUGAACGCCACGACUCCCCACUACGUCCGCUGCAUCAAACCCAAUGACUUCAAGCAGCCUUUCUCGUUUGAUCCCAAGCGUGCAGUGCAGCAGCUCCGAGCCUGUGGUGUCCUGGAAACCAUCCGUAUCUCAGCUGCAGGCUUCCCAUCCAGAUGGACCUACCAGGAGUUCUUCAGCCGUUACAGGGUGCUGAUGAAGCAGAAGGACGUUCUCCCUGACAAGAAGAUGACCUGCAAGAACGUUCUGGAGAAACUAGUGCAGGACCAGGAUAAGUACCAGUUUGGUAAGACAAAGAUCUUCUUCCGGGCUGGCCAGGUAGCUUACCUGGAGAAGCUGAGGGCAGACAAGCUGCGUGCCGCCUGCAUCCGCAUCCAGAAAACCAUCCGCUGCUGGCUGGCACGCAAGAAGUACCUCCGCAAGCGCAGUGCUGCCAUCACCAUCCAGAGGUUCACCAGGGGAUACCAGGCCCGCUGCCUGGUCAAGUUCAUGCGUCGGACGCGGGCGGCCACCGUCAUCCAGAAGUUCCAGAGGAUGUACGUGGAGAGGAAGCGCUACAGACAGAAGCAGGCCGCCGCUCUGGCCAUGCAGACCAUCCUCAGAGCUUACAUGGCCCGCCAGAAGUACCAGGCGCUGCUGCGGGAGCACAAAGCUCUGAUCAUUCAGAAAUACGUGCGUGGCUGGUUGGCGCGACGCUGGUACAAGCGCUGCCUUCGUGCCAUCGUCUACCUGCAGUGCUGCCUCCGCAGGAUGAGGGCGAAGCGCGAGCUGAAGAAGCUGAAGAUCGAGGCUCGCUCAGUGGAGCACUUCAAGAAGCUCAACAUCGGCAUGGAGAACAAGAUCAUGCAGCUGCAGAGGAAGAUCGACGAGCAGAACAAAGAAAACCGUGUAAUCAGCGAGAAGCUGAUCAGUCUGGAGACAACCCAUACAGCAGAGAGCGAGCGGAUGCGUGGCGAGCUGAGCCGCCUACGUGGGGCGGAGGAGGAGGCCAGGAACAAUGCCAACCGAGUGACCUCCAUGCUGGAGGAGCUGGAGAGGCUGAGGAGGGAGCUGAGCAUCGCUCAGCAAGAGAAGAAGACCAUCGAGGACUGGGCGCAAACGUACAGGGACGAGAUGGAGCAGAUGGUGGCAGAGCUGAAGGACCAGAAUGGUUUGCUGAAGACGGAGAAGAACGACUUGAACAGGCUGAUUCAGGAACAGAGUCAGCAGAUGACAGAGAAAAUGGCACGUGCGAUCACAGAGCAGACCCAGCAGUUGCAGAUGGAUCUGAACGAGGAGCGAUCUCACUAUCAGAAUCUCCUGACAGAACAUCGUCGCCUCGAGGACAAAUACGACGACUUGAAGGAGGAGAUGGCGUCUUCGAACGUCGCCAAGCCUGGCCACAGGAGAACAGAUUCCACCCACAGCAGCAACGAAUCAGAGUACACCUACAACUCCGAGUUCGCCGAAUCGGAAGAAGGCUCCCGCGCCGCCGAGGACGUUACGCGUGGAAUCGACACCUCCCUCACCCUCAAGCUGCAGAAGCGUCUCACAGAAUUGGAGCAAGAGAAGCAGUCGCUGCGCAACGAACUGGAAAACAAAGAGGAGCAGUUCCAGCGGGCUAGAGCCAGGGAUGAUGCAGAGCAUAAGAAGGCCCGGGGAGCAGAGCUCGAGUACGAGUCACUGAAGCGUCAAGAGCUGGAGUCAGAGAACAAGAAGCUCAAACAUGAUCUGGCAGAAAUGAGGCAAAGCCUGCUGGGUAACGCAGCUGCUGGCGCCGGAGCUCCAGGCUCCCCUGCCUACAAGGUGCUCCUCGACCAGCUCAACGCCUCUUGUGAGGAGCUGGAGGUCCGCAAGGAGGAGGUGCUGAUUCUGCGCUCCCAACUGGUCAGCCAGAAGGAGGCCAUGCAGCACAAGGAUGAGAAGGAGACCAUGACAGAGCCUUCUCACUACGUUGAGGAUGUUUCCAAACUGAAGGACUCUGAUGAGCUCAAGCAAGCUUACAUCGGCCUCAAAGAGACCAACAGGUUGCUGGAGUCCCAGAUGCAGACUCAGCGGCGUAGUUAUGACAAUGAGAUGGAGGCCCUGCGCGGUGAACUGCAGAACGUCAAGGAGGAGAACAACCGUCAGCAGCAGCUCCUGGCCCAAAACCUCCAGCUGCCGCCGGAGGCUCGAAUUGAAGCCAGUCUGCAACACGAGAUCACCCGGCUCACCAACGAGAACCUGGAAAUCAUGGCUGACGACCCCACAGCGUCCCGAGAGGCUCGAGUCACCAUUUUACGACGGAUGGUUGAUCUAAUGGAGCAGCUGGAGAAGCAGGACCGAACCAUCCGCAAGCUCAAGAAGCAGCUGAAGGUUUACUCCAAGAGGAUUGGCGAGAUGGGAGCGGGUCAGACGGAGGGCCAGACAUCACCGGGGCAGAUGGUGGAUGAGCCCAUCCGGCCAGUCAACAUCCCCCGCAGGGAGAAGGACUUUCAGGGAAUGCUGGAGUACAAGAAGGAGGAUGAGCUCAAACUGGUCAAGAACCUGAUUCUAGAGCUGAAGCCCCGCGGCGUAGCAGUGAAUCUGAUCCCAGGUUUGCCAGCGUACAUCCUGUUCAUGUGUCUGAGACAUGCAGACUAUGUCAACGAUGACCAGAAGGUCCGCACUCUGCUCACCUCCAUCAUCAACAGCAUUAAGAAGAUCCUCAAGAAACGAGGGGACGACUUUGAGACCGUCUCCUUCUGGCUGUCCAACACCUGCCGCUUCUUACACUGUCUGAAACAAUACAGCGGAGACGAGGCCUUCAUGAAGCACAACACAUCGAGGCAGAACGAGCAUAGUCUGUCCAACUUCGACUUGGCGGAGUACAGACAGGUGAUCAGCGACCUGGCCAUCCAGAUCUACCAACAGCUCAUCAAAUGCAUGGAGAACAUCCUGCAACCCAUGAUAGUCUCUGGCAUGCUGGAGCAUGAGACCAUCCAGGGCGUGUCGGGGGUGAAGCCCACAGGCCUCCGUAAACGGACGUCCAGCAUUGCGGACGAGGGCACCUACACGCUGGACUCCAUCCUGCGGCAGCUCGGCUCCUUCCACUCCACCAUGUGCCAGCACGGCACCGACCCCGAGCUCAUCAAGCAGGUGGUGAAGCAGCAGUUCUACAUCAUCGGAGCCGUCACCCUCAACAACCUGCUGCUGCGCAAGGACAUGUGCUCCUGGAGCAAGGGCAUGCAGAUCAGGUACAAUGUGAGCCAGCUGGAGGAGUGGCUGAGGGACAAGAGUCUGAUGUUGUGCGGAGCCAAAGAGACUCUGGAGCCUCUGAUCCAGGCCGCUCAGCUCCUGCAGGUGAAGAAGAAAACUGACGAAGACGCCGAGGCCAUCUGCUCCAUGUGCCACGCCCUCACCACUUCGCAGAUCGUGAAGGUCCUGAACCUCUACACCCCAGUGAACGAGUUUGAGGAGAGAGUGUCUGUUGCUUUCAUACGAACCAUACAGACCCGUUUGCGAGAUCGUUGCGAGACCCCUCAGUUGCUGAUGGACACCAAGAUGAUCUAUCCAGUCACUUUCCCCUUCAACCCAUCCUCCCUGGCUCUGGAAACCAUUCAAAUCCCCAGCUCCCUCAACCUGGGGUUCCUCACACGUGUCUGAAUCUGGACACACACACACACACAGACACACACACACAGACA